AUGUCUGCAUUUGGUGACGGAAAACGGCUAUCGCCCAUUGAUGAACUAAAAUCGCCGAUAGUUCAUUUAAUUCGUGAGAUUUACGAGACAGACGAUGCACAUGAGCAUUUCAUAGCGGAACUAGAUAAGGCACUGAUUGAGAAAGUCGAUUAUAUAAUAAUAGAACCAAAUAAAUUAGGAGAUGAGACUGCACGUUGGAUAUUAGUUGGAAAUUGUUUAAGUAAAACAUCAAUAGUCACUGGAUUAGCAUCAAUAGCAGCAAAUUAUUUAUGGCCUAGAAAUAUAUUCAUAAGUGGAUCAUUUUGUGUCGUGUCAUUCUUCUGCACGGGUCUAUAUGCACUUUCGUGGGAUAUAGAUCCAUGUGUUCAGUAUCAAGUCGAAACAAAUCCCAAAAAACUAUCCAAAGUACCGAUAUUAAAGGACUUCUCAUCACCAAUUGUUCUAGUUUACAAAUCAAAUACCAAAAUUAAAUGUCUUCAAAGAAUAUCAUGCAUGCUGGCACUUGGUUAUUGUGGAUAUCGACUUUAUGAUACAUUAAAAUAA